CCGGGGCGAAAGUUGGGGGCACGGGAGCCGGCGGCCGGGGCCAUGGAGCCAGGACCGGCGGUGUCCCCCGGGCCUUACCGCUCCUUCAAGGAGGAGCUGCUCUGUGCCGUCUGCUACGACCCCUUCCGCGACGCCGUGACUCUGCGCUGUGGCCACAACUUCUGCCGCAGCUGCGUGACCCGCUGCUGGGAGGUGCAGGUGGCGCCCACCUGCCCGGUGUGCAAGGACCGCGCGGCCCCCGCCGACCUGCGCACCAACCACACCCUCAACAACCUGGUGGAGAAGCUGCUGCGCGAGGAGGCCGAGGGCGCGCGCUGGACCGGCCACCGCUCCCCGCGCCUCUGCCGCCUGCACCGCGGCCCGUUCAACCUCUUCUGCCUCGACGACAAGGAGCUGCUGUGCUGCUCGUGCCAGGCCGACCCCCGGCACCAGGGCCACCGCGUCCAGCCAGUGAAGGACACUGCUCACGACUUUCGGGCCAAGUGCAGGAACAUGGAGCACACGCUUCGGGAGAAAGCCAAGGCCUUCUGGGCCAUGCGGCGCUCCUGCGAGGCCAUCGCCAAACACAAUCAGGUGGAGGCUGCCUGGCUGGAAGGGCGAAUCCGGCAGGAGUUUGAUAAGCUCCGAGAGUUCUUGAGAUUGGAGGAGCAGGCCGUCCUGGAUGCCGUGGCCGAGGAGGCGAGGCAGAAGCAGCUUCUGGCCGAGGAGAAGAUGAAGCGGCUCACGGAAGACACAGAGGCUCUGGCCCAUGAGAUUGAGCGGCUGCAGAUGGAGAUGAAGGAAGAUGAUGUUUCUUUUCUCAUGAAACACAAGAGCCGAAAACGCCGCCUCUUUUGCACCAUGGAGCCAGAUCCCGUCCAGCCGGGCAUGCUCAUCGACGUCUGCAAGUACCUGGACUCCCUACAGUACCGCGUCUGGAGGAAGAUGGUCAUGUCUGUUGAGUCUGUGCCCUUCAGCUUUGAUCCCAACACCGCUGCUGGCUGGCUCUCCGUGUCCGAUGACCUCACCAGCGUCACCAACCACGGCUACCGAGUCCAGGUGGAGAACCCGGAGCGCUUCUCCUCGGCGCCUUGCCUGCUGGGCUCCCGCACCUUCUCCCAAGGCUCCCACGCCUGGGAGGUGGACCUGGGUGGGCUGCCAAGCUGGCGGGUGGGUGUGGUGCGGACGCGCCAGGACGCGGGCGCUGAGGGCCACUCGCACAGCUGCUACCAUGACACCCGCUCGGGCUUCUGGUACGUGUGCCGCACGCAGGGGGUGGAGGGGGACCACUGUGUGACCUCGGACCCCGCCACAUCGCCGCUGGUCCCGACCAUUCCGCGCCGCCUGCGCGUGGAGCUGGAGUGCGAGGAGGGCGAGCUGUCCUUCUACGACGCGGAGCGCCACUGCCACCUCUACACCUUCCACGCCCGCUUUGGGGAGGUGCGGCCCUACUUCUACCUGGGGGGCGCGCGGGGGGGUGGGCCCCCUGAGCCUCUGCGCAUCUGCCCCCUGCGCAUCACUGUCAAGGAGGAGCUGGACGGCUGAGGCUGGCCCCAAGUUGCUGGACACUGCCCAGUCUUGUGCCAUGGUGCCCUUUUCUUUCUGUCCCUCUUCCUAAAGCCACACUCGCCUUGGUACCUCUCUACUGCCUGCCUUCCUGCCGGGUUAUCCUGCUGACCUGUCUCGUCCUCUUCCAUGGUUCCAGGCCCCAAGCCUCCUUUACUUUUGGUCCCUUUUCUACCCACAGUUGAAAGUCAUCCAGGAGACAGCUUGCUGGCCAGGCUCUCCCCAGAGUUGUGGCACCUUUAGGAUGUGAAUUUUCUGAAUCUUAACUGCAGGAUUUCUGAGGAUAAUGUUUGCUUCUAGAAUGGGCCUGUUUUAAAAUGUAGGUUUUAUUGUUAUCCAGGUGGGGUGAGGCCAGCAGACCAGGAGA